GAAGCCCACGAAGAAGAAAAAGCGGAAGUCGUUUGCGUCCUUGCGAGAGAACGACGACCGCAGAAGAUGAAUCGAAGCGUGUUUGCUCUCCAGCAGGUGGCGCGGCGGACCCUGUGCAGCUCUGCUCGGAGGCCGGUGGAGAACCAGGUCCCCAAGAACCAGAAGCUCUUCCAGGAGGACAACGGCGUUCCUGUCCACCUUAAAGGCGGCACGACGGACGCGCUGCUCUACAGAGCCACCAUGACACUCACCGUGCUGGGUGCGGGUUACGUGCUGUACGAGCUGCUGAAGGCGGCUAACCCUCAGAGGAAAGCUUGACUCCGCUUCCACGUGUGUUGAGUGGGAUGUUGAUGAGCGCCGUCGUGUUCUGUCAUGUUCAUGGGAUCAAUAUUUAUUUCUCACUGAGAUCAAUUAAACUUCUCAUGACCAAUAA